AUGAUGCAAAGAACCGUUUUUAACUCAUCUGCUCGUGCAGUCUCUAGAAGAUCCCUUGUGAACAAGAGACUUGGGCUUCGCUCUGCCGCCAAAAGAUUCAACUCCAGUCAUCAAUCCAAAAAAUCAUCCUCAUCCUUUGAUCCUGCCGCAUUAUUGUUUCCUCUUUCCAUCAUCGGGGGUUUAGCCUUCUGUUAUCACGAUAGAUUGAAAAUUACUUCAUAUACCCAUAAAUCCUUGAGCGAAUUUGCGCAUCAGGCCAAAAAGGAAGCUGACGAUUCCAAGGCGGCUGAAGAACCAAAUCCAUCUAGCGAAGAAGAAAAAACCGAAGUUUCUGAAGAAUCACAAACGGUCAACGAAGAUAACUCCGAAGAACCUCAAGAACAAGCCGCUGCUUAUAACCCAGAAACUGGGGAAAUCAACUGGGACUGUCCAUGUCUCGGAGGUAUGGCCAAUGGUCCUUGUGGGGAAGAAUUCAAAGAAGCCUUUUCGUGCUUUGUGUACUCCGAAGCCGAACCAAAAGGAAUCGACUGUAUUGAAAAAUUCAAGCAUAUGCAAGACUGUUUCAGAAAAUACCCAGAAGUCUACGCUGAAGAAUUGAGAGAAGAUGAAGUUCCUAUUGCCGAAGAAUCUACUCCUGCUCCAGCAACUGAAGAACCAAUCACCACCCCAGCUGCUGCUCCAGCUACUGAAGAACCAAUCACCACCCCAGCUGCUGCUCCAGCUACUGAAGAACCAAUCACCACCCCAGCUGCUGCGCCGGCUAUUGAAGAACCAGUCGCCACUCCAGCUACUGAAGAACCAGUUACCGAAGAAUCAUCUCCAAUCGCUGCUGAAGAACCAGAAAACACUUCUGAAGAAACUACUCCAGCUACAGACUAUCAAGAAGAUGCUUCAGUCAUUACUGCUAUCGCCGAAGAGUAG